UUGUGAUAUUAUAUUUUAUUAUCAAUAUUUUGACUGACUGCGCUUUUAAAGUGACCCGGAAGAGGAAAGUCAGGUAGUGGAGCGGAUAUUACCCUGAAACCGGGGUCAGAAGUUCUCUCUGACAGCCAUCUUGGAUAUAACGUCCUGAAUUGCAACCAUGCCUGGUGAAGCCACAGAAACUGUCCCAGUUACCGAGCAAGAGAUGCAGCAGCCUCAAGUAGAAACUGCUACACCUCCCGCCAAAGCUACCUCCCAGCAACCUCAGGCUAAGCCAAAAGGCAAAGAUGGCAAGAAUGUGCAGGCUUCCUCUGCCCCAAAGGCUGUCCCUGGUAGAAGAAAAGGCUCCUCCAUGUCUGCCUCCUCAUCCUCUCCCACUUCUCCAAAAUCUAAUCCUGUCUCUACUCCCCUGUCUCCUGUGCCAUCUCCACUGGCUUCCUCACCUGGCAACCUCUCUGCUAAUCAGGCUAAAGGCUCAAACCCUAAAGUUAUCAAAGCUGGCAAACAAGGAAAGGUUAAGAAAGGAGAGACAUUUUUGCCUCCACCUGGGGAGAGCAAGGUCACAAAAGCAAAUGAAAAUCUUGUAGAAGCCAAGCUGAUCAAAAAUAAAGCUGGAGCUAAACCAGCCUCCGCUGAACCAAUGGCCUCACAAGCAGAAACAACUCCAGUUGCAGCACCAGCUGCUUUUAAAGUUACCUCAAAGGCUGCUGUAGAAGCCCCAGUCUCCUUUUCAGAUGCGCUUGCAUCUAGUCCAGUUAGAUCUGUUGAUGUUAAAGCUGCUCCUGUAAGUGCAGCUGAUGAUGAUCUCCCUCCACUUAUUCCACCUGUAAAACCAGUAUCUUUAUCCCCUCUUGAAAAGGAUACAAAAUCUGCAACUGUUGUAGCUGAGAAUGUUAAACCUGAUCCCAUUGAAGCUGCUAAAACUCUUCCCAAAGCCAAGCCUGAAGCUGUUAAACCGGCAUCCUCACCAAACGUUGAGACUGUUAAAUCAGUACCUCAAAAUAAAACUCCUGCUGAGACUAUCAAGCCACCUGCUCAGGAUAAACCUGCUAAAAAGGCGUCUCAGACUACAGUUGAGACUGUUAAAGCAGUACCUCAAAAUAAAACUGCUCCUGGUGAGGCUAUCAAGCCACAUUCUGAGGAUAAACCUGCAAAAAAGGUGUCUCAGAAUACAGUUGAGACUGUUAAAGCAGUACCUCAAAAUAAAACUGCUCCCGGUGAGGCUAUCAAGCCACAUUCUGAGGAUAAACCUGCAAAAAAGGUGUCUCAGAAUACAGUUGAGACUGUUAAAGCAGUACCUCAAAAUAAACCUGCUUCUGGUGAAACUAUCAAGCCACCUGCCCAGGAUAAAUCUAAAAAAGGAGCUCCAGCCACCAUUGAGCCUGUUAAAACUGUUCCCAAAGCCAAGCCUGCAGCUGUUAAACCAGCACCCCCACCCAAUGUUGAGGCUGUUGAAUCAGUACCCCUAAACAAACCUGCUUCUGGUGAGGCUAUCAAGCCACCUGCCCAAGUUAAAUCUGCUAAGAAAGUGGCUCCAGCCACUGAGGCUGAUAAAGCAGUACAACAUGAACUAUCCCCAAUUGAGGCCAUCAAGCCACCCACUCAGGAUAAAUCUGCUAAAAAAGUGUCUCAAACCACAGUUGAGGCUGUUAAAGCAGUACCUCAAAAUAAACCUGCUCCUGGUGAGGCUUUCAAGCCACCUGCCCAGGAUAAACCUGCUAAGGAUGUGCCUCCAGCAACAAUUGAGGCCAUAAAUGCAGUACCAGCAAGCAAACCUGCUUCCACUGAGGCCAGACCUCCUCUGAAUCAAAAUGCCAAACCUGUGGCCAACAAGAGUGCUAAACAGAUUGAUGACACUAAAGUUGAUAUUGUUAAGCCUGGUACAGAAGUAAAAGCUGCUACUGAUGUCAAGCCUGCAGCAGGUCCUAAACAAGCAGCUGCUGAGGUAACUAAGCCAGCCCUAGUUAUGGGUUCCAAGCCAGAAACAAAGGCCAAAUUGUUGGAGGCUAAGGCAGAACCUCCUGUGGCUUCUAAGCCUUCACCUGCUCCCAUUGAGCCUGCUGUUCCUGCUCCAGCACCUCGUAAACUCACAUUUGCUGAGGCAGUUGCAAAGCCUGCUCCUGUUAAACCUGAGGUUGAGAGUAUCAAUACCACUCCUCCUGAACCAGUCUCAUCACCCAAACCUGCCCCAGCUCCUGUUAAAACCCCAACCAAAGCGGAGCCUGUGAUCAACAAUGAGGGAUCUGGCACAGAGUCGGAUAGUGAUGAGUCUGUCCCCGAGCUAGAAGAACAGGAUUCUACACAGACACAGCAGGCUCAGCUUGCAGCAGCAGCUGAGAUAGAUGAAGAACCUGUCAGCAAAGCCAAACAGAGCCGUAGUGAAAAAAAAGCAAGAAAGGCUAUGUCAAAGCUUGGUCUCAGGCAGGUAACUGGAGUCACCAGGGUAACAAUUCGCAAGUCUAAGAACAUCUUGUUUGUCAUCACCAAACCAGAUGUCUACAAGAGUCCUGCAUCAGACACAUACAUUGUCUUUGGAGAAGCUAAGAUUGAAGAUCUUUCUCAACAAGCUCAGCUGGCUGCUGCAGAAAAAUUCAAGGUACCGGGAGAAACUGUGUCAAACAUCCAGGAAAACACGCAGACGCCAACAGUACAGGAGGAGAGCGAAGAAGAGGAGGUUGAUGAGACUGGCGUUGAGGUGAAAGACAUUGAACUCGUCAUGUCGCAAGCCAAUGUGUCGCGGGCGAAGGCUGUACGUGCCCUGAAAAACAACAAUAACGACAUUGUCAAUGCUAUUAUGGAAUUGACAAUGUAAUGGAACCCUGUCAACAAAGGGGUGAAGAAAGGUUGCUGAUUUGAUUUGAGCUUGUUUGUACAAUUUAUACCCAGGAUGGAAAUAAAGUUGUGGCUUGAAAAAAUUAAA